AAGGGGCGUGAAGUUUGCUGCUAGCAGCUAACAUUGCUCCUGUGUGAUCAUUUGGGAUGUGGUUCAUUUUUUUUGGCGGCGCCCUGCAGAAACGAAAAGCGUAAUUUGUAGAGCGUAUAUUAUUUACAACAGAAACUGUUUACUUUGCUUCUGUGAGCCGUUGUAGCUACCAGGCAGACAGGCAGGAACAUUUAGUGAAAUGAUGACCAGGCCUCUCUCUCUGGACAUGGCAUUGUGGCUAUUGGCGCUACUGCUAACUUAGCUAGUUAGCCUAUCGGGCUAGGUAGCUGGGCUGUUGGCUGAGGCUGAAUCGACUAGCUAGCAAUAAGUAUAACAACACAUUAGCUUACAUUAGCUAGCGACGAUGUGUUAGCUAGAAGGUAGACUCGCGUUAUGAGAAUCACUUAACAGCAGCGUCGUUAGAUAAACGUAACAUUUUGACUUGAGGCGAACAUUCAUUUUGCACUCAAAGUAAGUAGCUGCUCACUUUGGCUAACGAUAGCUAAUUUAACGCGCUAACAUACAGUGGUAGUUUAGCAGCGUUUCAGUCGUCAACCUCUGCUGCCUUGCACCAGCAGACUAACUUGUCGGUAGCUAACAGUUGCCGGGCAUUGUGCGGUAUGUAUCCAUGGUAUGCUAACCCUCCAUCAGGAAAGUUGGUGACUGGUCUUAACGUUACAGACAACGUUAGCGCAGGCCAGUUCUGGCUGAACAUAUAGCUGUGAUAUGAAUAAUUGUAGAGAUAACGUUGUUAUGAUUAAUAGCCAGCGUUAAGUUGCUUCAACACCGGAGUUAAGUUGUACAGACGACAGGGCCUUGCUGGUUGCUGUGUGUUAACUACAUUGCGUUAGCUAACUCAGUUUGUCUCCCUGCAGCUCAGUUGCCUGAUUGAUGGCGUUUCUUCAAAACACGUAAAGUUAGCAAAGUUUGGGGAGCAACAAUGUAACAUCACUGAGCUGGUUAGCCAUUUUAAGUUAGUGAAUUGAUGUCAGGCAGCGUCAGCUAGCAAAAUGAACAAUUCAGGAGUCUUUCCACAAGAAAAGAUGGAGCUGGAUCUGGAAAUCCCAUCUUCGUUAGUUCAGACCGAUGGACACUUGAGAAGAUCCAACAGCGCACCCAUGAUAAAUGGCUUAAGUGAUAACACCCAAGUGUUCCAGAGAGAGGUCCUGCGUAGCCGGAGAAAUAGCACUACAGUUGUCAACAGGCCCAACAUGGUCCCUUCGUCGCCUAUUCGAGUCCCCAGCACCAGACUUCAUCAGAUAAAACAAGAAGAGGGUGUAGACGUGAUGAACAGAGAAACCGCUCAUGAGCGGGAAGUUCAAGCCGCCAUGCAAAUGAGCCAGUCCUGGGAAGAAAGCCUUAGUCUGAGUGACAACGAUGAGAAGUCGGCAUCUUCGUCUCCAAAGCGCAUCGACUUUGUGCCUGUGUCGCCCGCCCCGUCCCCAACCAGAGGGAUAGGAAAAAAGCAGUGUUUCUCUCCUUCCCUACAAAUCCUUGUGAGCAGCAAUGGCCUCACACCCAGCCCAAUACCCAGCCCAACGCGCCGCUUCAGCCGACGGAGUCAAAGCCCAAUCAACUGCAUCAGAGCCAGCAUACUUGGGCCAAUGAAACGCAAAGGUGAGAUGGAGACAGAGAGUCAGCCUAAGAGGCUCUUCCAGGGAACCACCACCAUGCUGUCCUCUGAUGUCUCCAACCUGUCAGAUCUCAGCUCCUGUCACUCUCCAGAUUUGUUAGAUGGCAGCCUCAGCAGCGUCGGCUCCUCCACAGACUCUCCAGGCAAAAUGGACGGAGUGUCGCCCUCCUCGUCCAGCAACUCACCCUUCGCUUCCCUCCAGGAUUUGUCCCCAAAGUGAGCAUGAGAUGGCUAGAGACACACUAUAAAGGACUGAGGCCUAAGGCCUCUCUCCAGGGAACAGAUUUCCUUCUCAGACCCUCCACCUCACCACCGCCUAGAUUUGGUUUAUGUGGAAUUUUCCAUGUUUAUUUCUGAGCGGCUGUUUUCAUGGCUACAUUUUGGACAGACUAGGUAUGUUUUGAAUUAAGGAAAUGAAAGCCAUGGAUUAGUUUGUGUGUAAGAGGUAAGCCUAGUGAAACUAGGAAUGACGGAAGACACUGUGAGCACCAGCUGCUAGUAGAGGAUCUUGGAUGGUGCUUGGCAUCAUAGUGAUAUUGCAUUCAUAAGUGGCUAUGCUUCAAAUCUGUCCUACCAGUUCCCCUCACUGGAGAGAGACAUUGAGCACUGGAGAAAAAAAAUGACUUUUUGGAUGUGUGCUUUUCCCCGUUUUUGUGCUGGAAAACGUCUGUCCACAGGCCUUUUUGUAUGUACGCAGUCUGCAGAUUUUGUAAGAAAAGAUUUAACUUAUUGUUUUCCUGCUUUGUUUUGUAAUUAUGUACAUAUUAACCAUGUCAGAUGUCGUACCUAGUUUUUAAGUUUGUGAUUGGCUGUGAGGUGAAUGUGGGCACAGGUCUUCAACAGCAAAAGUUUUCUUUGUAAAGGAACAAACUACUUCUGGGGUACAACUAUGGAGAUUUCCUUACUGUUACAGUGCAAGAGAAGUUAUGUUUUCAGCAGAUCUUAAUAUUUUUAUGAUAGAGGCUGCGAACUGUGUUGAAUGUUUUCAGUUUGGCUUUUAUGUCCCCAUGUCUUGCUGCAGCUUUAAUUGACUACUAUGAGCAAUUAAUGCACCUAGAAGUUAAUUGUGGAUGAAAUAUGAUGAUCAUCACUGUUGGGCUUUCAACACUAAAGGUUGCUCUGUGUUCUUGUCGGGCUGUUUAUGCAGAUAAGCGGAAAGCAUAGAAAUGACUUUCUUUCUUCUGGGGAAAUGUUCUUAUUUAUGGAAGAAAAUGUUUACUAUAAAAAAAUGGAUGGUGAUAGGUGUGUUACCCUGUAAAAGUGGCCCAUUUGUGUUGUCCUUUACACCAAAUUAACGGAGUGCUGGAACGUGCAGCAAAAACAAAAUGGCACCAUCACAUUGUGAGUAAAGAGAUUGCUGUCUCUGCUGUGGUUACAUUUAUUAGAAGCUUUUUGCACAGGACACUCAAUCCUGUAAUAUUUCAACCUGUGUGUAAGCAGGGACGAAGUAAAACUUGACUUUCUUGGGGGGGGGUCCAAGAAAUACAGCAUGUAGAGGUUAAGCCUGUACUGUGAUUUUUGCACCUAAAUUUGUUUUCAACUUUCACGGCCCCAUUGUCCGUAUCUCCUGUGUAACUUACACGGCUGAAGCCCUUCAUGGCUCUGUAGCCUUUAAUGUGUAUGUACAAAGGAAUUGAUUGUAAAUCAUUUUAUGGAAGUGUGCCCUUUUAAUUUAAAGAAAAGUGUGGUUGCAGUUCCUUUACUGAAUGUCUUUCCUUUUUAUACACAUUUUUGAAAAUGGAUAAGAUGUCAGCUUGCCCUGCUGUCAACAAGAUAUUUUCUUUCCCACCUCAAGUCAUUUUAUGAAGCUUUGAGGGCAUGAAUUUAGCAAAUAAUCUUAUUCUAUACUGUUUCUGUAAUGGAAAGGCUGUAAACUGCCAAGCUGGCUAACACCUUGACAAUGCUUGUGUCUUUUGUGAUUGCAAUCGUAGCGGACAUCAGGACUAAAUAAAUUAUUUCUUUAUCA